GCCGGGGCGGUGCUGCGCCGCCUGAUUUAUUCCCGUCCAGGAGCAGGAGCGAGAGCCCCGCGGUGUGCACGGCCGAUGCGCCCGCUCCCGCGCCCGCGUCCCCACGGCAUGCCUGGCUCCCGCCUGCUGGCCGCGCUCUGCGGCGCGCUCCUCUGCGCCUCGGGACUCUUCGCAGCCUCCGUCGGAGCUGGUGACAUUGCAGGUGACUUCUGUGACUCUAGCCAGUGCCUGAAUGGUGGGACCUGCUUAUUGGGCCAGGACGACACCCCCUUCUACUGCCUCUGCCCCGAAGGCUUCACGGGCCUGAUCUGCAAUGAGACUGAGAAAGGUCCUUGUUUUCCAAACCCCUGCCGUAAUGAUGCCGAAUGCCAGGUGGUUGACGACUCGCACAGAGGGGAUGUCUUCACCCAGUACGUCUGCAAGUGCCCUCAUGGCUAUACAGGUGUCCACUGUGAGACCACCUGCGCCAUGCCUCUGGGCAUGGAGACGGGUGCCAUUUCCGACUCGCAGAUCUCUGCCUCGUCUGUGCACUUGGGCUUCAUGGGUUUGCAGCGCUGGGCCCCAGAGCUGGCGCGUCUGCACCGCACGGGCAUCGUCAAUGCCUGGACAGCCAGCAACUAUGAUAAGAACCCCUGGAUCCAGGUGAACCUGAUGCGGAAGAUGCGGGUGACGGGCGUGGUGACACAGGGCGCCAGCCGCGCAGGCAGCGCCGAGUACCUGAAGACCUUCAAGGUGGCCUACAGCGUCAGUGGACGCAAGUUCCAGUUCAUCCAGAGUACAGAGGGGACGGGAGACAAGAUGUUUGUGGGUAACAUGGACAACAGUGGCCUGAAGGUCAACUUGUUUGACUUCCCUCUGGAGGUGCAGUACGUGCGGCUGGUGCCCAUCAUCUGCCACCGUGGCUGCACCCUCCGCUUCGAGCUCCUUGGUUGUGAGCUGAAUGGGUGUGCUGAGCCCCUGGGCAUGAAGGACGGCACCAUCCCUGAUAAGCGGAUCACGGCCUCCAGCAUCUACAGGACCUGGGGCCUGAACGCCUUCAGCUGGUAUCCCUUCUAUGCGCGGCUGGACAAGCAGGGCAAGUUCAACGCCUGGACCGCCCAGACCAAUGAUGCCUCUGAAUGGCUGCAGGUUGACCUGGGCUCCCAGAGGCGAGUGACCGGCAUCAUUACGCAGGGGGCCCGAGACUUUGGCCACAUCCAGUACGUGGCAGCCUACAAAGUGGCCUUCAGUAACGACAGCACGAACUGGGCCGAGUACAGGGACCAGGGGGCCGUCGACACCAGGAUCUUCCCUGGCAACUUGGACAAUAAUUCGCACAAGAAGAACGUGUUCGAGAUGCCCUUCGUGGCUCGCUUUGUUGUGCGCAUCCUGCCUGUCGCCUGGCACAACCGCAUCACCCUGCGUGUGGAGCUGCUGGGCUGUUAGUGGUCGGCCUGGCCGGAGUGACCGCAAGGGCCCUGGGGCACCUGCCCCUUACCUGGUCCUCCUGGCCUUCUGUUGGCAGGCUGCCUCCUCCACCCCACCUCCUGAGGGUUUCAGCCACCUCUCCUUCCUGCCUUCCCACCCCUCCUCCCUCCCCUCCCCUCCCACGUGGCCCUGGCACCCACCCUUCCUGCCAUCCCGUUCUCUUAGGCACUGUGGGAGUUGAGUAGGUCUGGGAUGGACAGGGAAGGGCAGAGUAGGGAGUGUGUGUGUGGGGGGGGUUACCUGCACCUCCCCAGAUCCUGGUUCUAGUCUCUUGUGUUUUCCCGACACUCGCUCCCGCACCCCACGUUCUCACAGCCGCGGAGGAAGACCCUGAGGCGCCAGGCUGGAGAUAACCGUCUCCUGUCCCUCAGCACGAUGCUGCCACUCCUGCUGCUGCCACCUGACCCCCAACGUGUCCCCCCCUUAUCUCCCUGGAGACCUCUCUUGACCCUUGGCCUAAAAAGAGACAGAAGGGGUGGGGCGGGCUUAUGGAGAUAGGGGUAGAGGUGGGUGGCCUGGGGGGUACCCUCUGUGCUGGUUCUUUACCCCAGAGUACACAGGCAGCUUCCAGAAUAUAUUUAUGUCACCCCCUGGA